AUUCUAUAGAUUUUAUACUAUUAUUAUUGUUUUGUUUAAUAAUGUAUUUUAAUUUUUCUUAAAGUUGCAAUGCGAUAGCUAUAAUUUUUUAAAAUUCAUUUAUUGUUCAGUCUAUAAUUAUAAUAAAUUGCUGUUUAUAAUGGAAAAUAUUAUUAUUAUUAAUAUCAUUUUCAGUAUUUUUACAUUUUAUUGUACGUACAAUGUCAUACCUAAGUUGAAAAAAAUGUUUAUUGAUGCCAAUUUAUAUGGGAAAGAUUUAAACAAAAAAACAGAAAAUAAAAUACCUGAAGCUUUUGGUGUAGUUACUGGAUGUACGUUUCUAAUAACUAUGUUUUUAUUAAUCCCUGUUAUUUUUGGAAGACACAUGUUACAAAACGAAGGCAGCAAAUUUCCACAUAGCGAAUUUGUGGAAAUGCUUGCGGCACUUUUAUCAAUUUGCUGUAUGCUUCUAUUGGGAUUUUCAGACGAUGUACUCAAUUUACGAUGGCGGCAUAAACUUUUGUUACCGACUAUUGCUUCGUUACCAUUACUCGUUGUAUACUACAUUAACUUUAACUCUACUACAAUUAUUGUACCUAAACCAUUACGAGAAGUUGUUGGUCUGACAAUAAAUUUAGGAGUUUUAUACUAUUUAUACAUGGGAAUGUUAGCUGUAUUUUGCACUAAUGCCAUUAAUAUUCUAGCUGGUAUAAAUGGUUUAGAAACCGGACAGAGUCUUGUUAUCGCCAUAUCAAUUUUAAUAUUCAAUUUAAUCGAGUUGACUGGAGACUGUGGCCAAGCGCAUUUAUUCUCAUUGCAUUUUAUAAUACCAUUUAUAGCAUCUACAUUUGCUUUAAUCAAAUAUAAUUGGUAUCCUUCUGAAGUGUUUGUCGGAGAUACCUUUUGUUAUUUUGCUGGUAUGACGUUUGCAGUUGUUGGAAUUCUCGGUCAUUUCAGUAAAACUAUGUUACUAUUUUUUAUACCACAAAUUUUUAAUUUUUUAUAUUCAUUACCACAAUUGUUUCAUUUUGUAUACUGUCCUCGGCACCGUGUUCCUAGGUUAGAUAAGUAUGGAACUCUAUCUCCAAGUUACGCAGAAUGCAACAGUGGCGAUAUAUCAAUAAUUGGUAGAAUAUGCUUGAAAGUUUUUUCGUUCUUUAGAGUUAUCGACAUCAAAGAGACGGCCGAUGGGAAAUUUAAAUGUAACAAUUUAACACUUAUUAAUUUGUGUUUACUCUUUUUGGGACCGAAAAAAGAAAAAACUUUAACAAUUACAUUGUUAACUAUUCAGAUUGUUUGCAGUAUUUUAGCGUUUGUUAUUCGUUACCCCUUAGCAUCAAUAUUUUAUGAUGUAUAAAAUGAAAUCGGGGAAAUAUAUUACAUUUUUCUCGUUGUGGUCAGAUAAUUGAAGACUGCAUAAACAAAUUCAAUUAUCAAUUACUUAAUAAUAAUGUUGACUGUUUAAAAUAAACAAUGUUUGUUACCUAUUUCUAUAUUGUUGAAAAAUUAC